AUGCCCUCUAACCAUCCCAAAUUACCCAAAGCACCCGAACCAACACGCGUCUUCUUCGACCCCUUCAAUUCAUCGUCCACUGGCCACCAAAGAGCCGAGAAUAGAUUGUCUGGAAGCACAUCAUGGCGUGAUUCUAGAUCGUACAAGCUAGCGCAUCAAUUCAGAGACACGACAGGCUCAGGUGGAAAGCAGCACUUAUCUGACCUGGUUGGCGCAGGCAGUGCAAACUUUGGCAAGGAUGGGAGGAAAGACAAUGGAUCUUGGGAGAAAGGCGCUCCUGGCCUGAGGCCACAGGGCUGGCAGGACAUCAGAGGACUGCUGGGCAAGACCAAGAAACGGAAAAGUGACAGCAUUGAGCCCGAAGCUGAAAGCAAGAAGAGGCGCAUAUCAUCCGAACCAGCUCAACCGAAAGGUGUGCUAGCACAGGACGACACAGACAAAGACAACACAAGACACAAAACUGAGGAGACCGACUCGACACUCGACAAUAAAGAGAGCGUGCCUCGACAGAUCUUCCGCGGCCUGACAAUGUAUAUCAACGGAUCAACCAUGCCUCUAAUAUCCGACCACAAACUUAAACAACUCUUCGUCCAGCACGGCGGCAACUCCUCACUGGGCCUAGCACGCCGCACAGUCACGCAUGUCAUCCUAGGUGAACCAGGUCGUGGCGGAGGUCUCGCAGCCACCAAGAUACAAAAAGAAAACACUACGGUACGUGGGAAAGGCAUAAAAUACGUCUCUGCGAAGUGGGUCAUUGAGAGUAUAGAAAGGGGCAUUCGACAGCCUGAGACACGGUACGUCGUAGCUGAUGUGAGAGAUAGGCUGGGAGGGAGUGGGCAGAAGAGUGUUGCUACUUUGUUUCGAGCGAAGACGGAGUGA